AUGCGCCCGUCAACCUCGUGGAUCGCCACGCCGCAUGCGCUCCGAAGCUCGCUCCAGCGACGGCAUGUAUCUGACGGUCGCCUGUUCCAAGCCGGUGACUUGGUCCUGCUUCGGGAGAAACACAAUCGCUCUACUCCGCCCAUCUUGAGUCGACCACUGGAGCAGGGGAAACGAAUCGAAGGCCACAGAGGCGUUAUACUGCAUGACGAUGUCAUUGGGAGAAGAGUUAGAGAUGUCGUAAAGUCUCAUACGCCGCGGUCGCAGAGAGAUGGAACCGAGUAUAGGCUACAUAACGUUACGCUAGACGAAUAUGUGCGAUUGACCAAGCGGCUUGUCACGCCUAUCUACCCAGCCGAUGCGAAUUUGAUUGUCAGCCUGCUGGAUCUACAUGCGGAUGAGAGUAUGUACGGUCCGGACGCAGACCAGCGACUUGAAAUCUUAGAGGCUGGCACCGGGCAUGGAGGUCUCACAUUGCAUUUGAGUCGUGCGAUACAUGCUGCGAACUCCUCGGCGCGCCUGAGCUCCAACGUGGGAGCCAGCGUUGGCAUUGACGAGUUCAGAUCACGACGUAGAGCAGUUGUCCAUACUACUGAUGUUUCACCACUGUUUUCCGCUCACGCUGAAACCGUGGUCAAGGGCUUUCGCCGCGGCUUCUACGCCAUGAAUGUCGAUUUUCACGUCGGAGAUGUCGGCGACACUCUAAAGAAGUUGUACACAGAUCGCGACGACGGCACAUAUACGCCUUUCUUGUCACAUGCCCUGCUGGACCUUCCGGCUGCUGAGGGACACUUGGCGAAAGUGGCCGAAGCCUUAAAGACAGACGGCACGUUGAUCGUAUUCAACCCAUCAAUCACGCAAAUCAUGAAAUGCGUGACGAAAGUCAAAGACGAGGGAAUCUUGCUGGAUUUGGACAGAGUAGUGGAACUUGGCGUCAACGGAGGCAGUGGAGGUCGGGAAUGGGACAUACGAUUCAUUCGCCCCAAGUCACUGCAAAAGAGGGCCACGGCUCCGGACGAUGUGCACAAUAUCUCAGAGACUUCUGCAGCGAGCGAGGACGAAGUCGAGAGCGUUGGCGGCUCCAGUACCUUGCAUACGCCUGUGUCAGACGAAGACCAACACUGGUCUACGGUCUGUAGGCCCAAAGUAGGUGAGCGGAUCACUGGUGGCGGUUUCUUGGGUGUCUGGAAAAAGCAGCGCGACAUGAGAUUUGGACUGCCUCUCCCCGAGGCUUCGAUCUACACUUGA